AUGUUACAAUGCCCUGCGUUGAUUGACGGUCUUAAUUCUAAAGGAGAACAUAUUUUGCUUUUCUUGGCUCCCACUGUUGGUCGUCAGCUGAUAGAACAAGAAGGCUACACGAAACGUUGUAAGCGCCCUGGACCAACUACCACGACUACAGCUUAUGGCGUUCCUAUACCUGAACAUGAUAUUAAACCACCAAAAUUUGCAAGAAAAGCCCUCGAUUUGGCAAUAGGAAAUGGCCCUCGAUUUGGCAAUAGGAAUGCCUGGGGUGGUAGUAACAACAAUAAUGUGUUUGGCAGUGGAACAUCUGCUACUCAGAGGUAA